AGAUAGCACGGUGACAAUCCGCGCAGCGUGAAGCGUAAAAAAAGAAGUAGAAGUGGAAAGAGGAAGAAGAAGAAGCACAGCAGAGUAGCGAGACGCAACGGUGACAGUGACCGUCGACGGUUGACAGCGGUGACGAGCGACCACGCGGCUAGCAGUGGUGGAACUGACGGCGAUGGUGUGGUGGUAGUAGUGGUGGCGAUGGCCACGGCGAUGGUGGUGGUAGUAAUGACGACAGAGUGACAACGGUAACAGCUGUAGUUGGGUACUUCGGAAAAGCGUAGUUCGAAAAAAAAUAAUCGAGUUAUUUCGACACGCGUCGCACGCAUGCACCUGCUGCGUCAGGCGCUUCGACGAUGAGGUCGCGAGUGCUGCGGGACGCCCGUCGACAGUAUUAACGCGGAGCGCGGACGGAGUGCGGAUUAAAAAGUCGUUGGUUAAAUGCCGUUGGUGGAAGUUGGUGCGCGAUAGGCGAAUUUCUGACGCACGCCAUGUCGUGCGUCCCCAGCUGAUGCUGCCCGUUUGACAUAUCGGAUCGGUGUUCCUCGAGGUGUUCACACGACGCACUGCGAAUUGCGUAAUUCUAGUGGGCAGCGUAGCGCGCAUUUUCUCAUGCGUAAUUCGACUGUGAUCCGAUAAACACGUCGAAGAGAAUGGCGGAUCUGGAUGAUUUGUUUCACAAGGAUCAAUAUGUAGGCCCGGAGCGGCUCACCGAUCUCUGCUUCAGCCUGAUCUGCGAGAAUCUCGAUAUAAUCUCGGUCAAGGGGAAACGUGGCCACCGGAUACUGAGGAAAGGCCUGACUUUCCCGAGCGAGAUAUGCGACAAGAUUAUCGAAUAUGCGCAGCACAGCGAGGCGACCGAGGACGUCGAUUGUUUCUUCUCGAUUUUCAAGAACCUGACGGCGACCCGAUUAAAACACGUUAAAAUCUCCAAUUGCAGCUUGACUAACAACUCGGUCCACACGCUUGCCAGUCACAAGCUCUACGAAUUAGAACUCACAGAUUGUAGUAACCUAACGGAACUUUCGAUCGAGCAUAUUAAUGCCAAUUCGGAGAAUCUACAUAGCUUAGCGUUUCACGGCACUUCAAUGGUGAUACCAUCGAGUUUGAAUGCUGCCGAUUCACCCAUCGAUUAUUACAAACGUGGAUAUGUCUUUAAAACUCCCAACUUGAAGCGCUUGGCGCUAGGAUAUGUGGGAAUACCUCUGCCGGAAUAUGUCUUGCUUCUAGGGAGACUAAGCAACCUGACGCAUCUGGAUUUAUCAAACAGUUCUAACAUUGAUACUUUUGAAUUUUAUCACCUGGUACCAAACCUAGUGUCUUUAACUUUGUACAAUGUCAAAGUCAAUACCAGCUCAAAAUCCUUUGUCAAAAAUAUUUGUCAGCUGAAGAGUUUAAGGCACUUGGAUAUCUCGCAGUCAACUUCAAAGCACGGACAAUUUGACAAUCCCAAUAAAACUUUGUCCGACUUGGUAAAUGGUCUGCCGCAGCUGGUCUCCUUAGACAUCGGCGGCACCAAUCUCGCGGGAAGAGGCGUAGCCGAGCGUCCCAGCGAUACGAAUGUCGAGGACUCCAAUCUCAGUCAGCUUUCUGACAUACCGGGGCUCGCGUCUAGAAUACACAAGCCCUUACAAUUCUUAGGUCUCUAUGGCACCGCUUACGGCGCUUGCAGAAGGCAUGACAUACCAGCGAAAGUGGUAGCGGGUGAUGCGAACGAAGAUCAGAUAUUAAUUGCAGCUCACGUAUGCAUGGACAAUAAGCAGGAGUUGUUGCAAAAAGUGCUGAGCGAUCUGUAUCAUGUAUUUAGGUACGAGAAUUGUCGUAGAAUGGAUCAGGCAUUGAGUACCGUUUUGGAAGCGAUGGAGAAGCAUCCGGCUCAGAAGCACAUACAAAUAUCGGGAAGCGCUACGUUAUUUUACAUAGUGAAAAUGAAAGAGAGGGUUGAACUAGUCGCACGAAUGAAAAGACAGAUUAUCGGUACUCUUCUGGCUGGUAUGAGCGCGCACCGAGACGAGGAGACUAUGAUGCGGAAUGGUUGUUUGGCAUUGUGUCAAUUCCGCAUACCACAAGAUGUGAUGUCGAAUUACGAAGCGCUCGUCAAGGUGCUGCUACAUUCAGCCAAGCAUUCGGAACCGGAGAGCUUCGUUCAGAGAAUCGGCAUAUAUCUGUUGAAUUCUCUGGCCUGUCAAGUGGAAGGCAGAGAGAAAAGACUAUUGGGCAAGCUGGGUUGUGUUAAGACCAUGUUAGAAUUGGUCGAGUAUAGGGUGCAGGCCGGUAUAUUUGACGAUGUAUUGGAAGUCGCAUGGUCGACCAUGUGGAACAUGACCGAUGAAACGUCCGUAAAUUGUCAGCGAUUCUUGGACGAGAAAGGCAUGGCGCUCUUUCUCAUGUGCGUAGAGCAAUACCCACACAAAGAAGAAUUGUUAAGAAACAUGAUGGGUUUACUCGGCAACGUGGCGGAGGUCGAAUACCUCCGGAUCCAUCUUAUGCAGGAGCAAUACGUAACCGUGUUUGCCAACCUACUACGUUGCAACAGCGACGGGAUCGAGGUUCCGUACAACGCCGCUGGUAUACUGGCACACAUGGCGUCUGACGGUGCCGACGCUUGGACAAUAGUGAAGCCGACUCGCAGCGAGGUUCUCAAGUACAUGGUAUACGCUAUCGAAAGUUGGGACCCGUCCGCAGAACGUAAUAUCAAUUACCGCUCAUUCCUACCUCUAUUGCGUUUGUUGGACGUGUACCACACUCCCCAGUGUCAACAUUGGGCAGCUUGGGCUCUCGCUAAUCUCACCAACGUAUAUCCCAACAAGUAUUGCGCGUUGGUGGUGAAAGAAGGUGGAAUGGAGAAACUGCACACAGUGAUAUUGGAUCCCAGGCCGUACGAACGUAUAAAAGAACUCGCCAACUAUGUGAUUGAAAAUUGCUGUCAUUACGAUUGCCAUUCAGACGAUGUCAACGUUUCCCAUUCGUCUUUGGACGCGGAAUAUAGUCUAGACGGCUAAAGCGACAGCAGCGGGUCUUGGGUAUUUCGUCGUCCACGCGUCCCCAACUAUGUCGUCUCCCUAGGACCCAUCAAAACCAGAUCGUAACCAGUACCACAUUAGCGGACGAGGAGGCAUAGACGAUUCAGAUUCAGAAAAGGAAAAUAAAUACGUUGAAUCAACUGUACAACAGUUUGUCCGGCGCAAAAGGUAGAGAUCACGAGGAUGGACGCUCAAUAGUAUAGUUAGGAAGAACGCAUGUGUGCGUACGUGCGUGUACGGUAUAUGCGUUGAAUAUUUUCAGUCGAUUAUUCGAUUAUCGGCGUAUAUAUAUAUAUAUUUAUCGAAAAUAUCUUAUUGUGGAUAAUUAAUAAUAGUCAAUUGAGCCAAGAGCCUUUCGUCCGGUCGGUGUACAUAGCCCGCUUGUACCACGGUAAAAGUCAAACCGUUUGAUUGUGUGCGCGCGCGCGCGCGCGUGCAGCUAAAAAACGAUCGCACGCUUGUUUGUCUUUAGCCACGUGUAAUUAACCCUUAGAGUGCGAAUAGACGAGUCGGAAAAUCGCAGCUUCCAUGCUUGAGGAAGUGAGACGUCGUGGCGACUAGCUGCGCGAACAGCGGCGGUUGAAUAUUUCACUGCAGUCUCGCUUCUCCGAGACUAAGGGUCGCAAUCUAAGGGUUAACUCUCUCACAAUGUAUAUGAAUGUUUGCCCCGGUUUUCUCUUCUCGCCUUUAAUCCCCUUUCCGAUAAAUGGUACACGAUUCGUUCUCGUUACGCGGGACUUUUUCAACACGAACACGAAGGUGAGACAUCGAGAUAGAAGGACCGCGUGUAAAUAGAAGUAAGAGCGAGCGGUGAGGUACGUUAGGUUUAAAUGUUUUGUAUACUACCGUUAUAAUGCCAUUAAAGUCGUUUGGAGAAAUUGACACACAGAACCACACACACACGUGCUAGCUACCACGAAUUGCGCUAAACUCUAAAUACGUAUAACAGAUUUCUAGAUCUGUCCUUUUGAUAGGUUGGCCAACUCGAGACGGAGAUGAUUAAUCAAAUAGCGACCGUUAUCAGUGUUCGGUGUAACGUGCGCCAGGCGUCGUGUGUGCCUUAACAUUAUAGAGUUAGAGUCCAGCUUGCGCGUGUGUGAUUUUCAAUCGAGCGUCCGCGGCUGAAGGUCGAGAGCGUAAGGAGAACCGUGGUGAACAAUGGUUACGGCAUAGUGCGACGCCUAGUGUGCGAGUAAUAGUAAUAAUUUUAAGGCAUAUAUGAUGACGCCCGGUGUACGCGACCCGGUGUGAGCGCGCAAUGCGCCCGCGAUGCACACCCGGUUUCUUCGAUAUGUGUAAUAUAUCGUCUAAGAUUGCCGCAAACAACACAUGCGUGUUUCGUUUCUUCUUUACACAUCCACCCUGCUCUCGAAGAGCACACUCGUAGCUGCCGCAACGAUCGUACGGGGGGAGGGAGGGGGCUCGUUUCGUAAGAUGCGUAAGACAAUUUCUUCCCUUUCAGCUUUUCAUUAAAGAGACAAUCUAUCCCUCGAUAAUAUAUGAUAGAAAUACUAAGUAAUAAAAAUAACGAUGACA